AUGAUCGACUGCGGUAAAGUUUCAGUUGCUGGAGGACUAUUCAUUUACUGUGUAAUUCUAAUGGGUUUACACUUAAAGAUAGAGCCAUCUUAUCCGAGAGACAGUAGUCACGUGACAUCGUCUGCACCAUACUCCCGACAACUCAUCGUUCUUUCGCACUCAAGGAGUGGUUCGUCCUUGACCGGUGACGUCAUACAACAGGAUGUCCAAUCGUUUUACGUGUUUGAGCCACUCCACGCGCUGGAGAGUAUGCUGAGUAACAAUAUGACAUCAAUGCAACUACUUAAUGGGGACACCGUGAAGAUUACCCAUGAUACGUUUAUUGCAAGGUCUUUAGCUGUCCUUGAAGCCUAUAUGACAUGUAACUUCCGGUCUCUGGACUACAGAACUCUCACCGACGGUUUACAGUGGAUGAGUCAUAAACAUGCGUCAUUUUUAACCUGUGUAGACAAAGAAUCAAACAAUAAAAUCCCGAGAGAACAAGCUGCUGCCAAAUGUCUGAGAAUUCUCGAAUUGGCGUGCCAAACGUCGCGUUUCAUCGUGAUUAAAACAGUGAGAAUAACUAUGGCGGACCUCAGUGGUCUGAUGGAGACGUAUCCUAGCUUACAUGUACUACACCUGGUACGGGACCCGAGAGCAGUGUUGUACUCAAAAAGUAAAUUUGGAGUGAACCUAAACGAAAACACACAUUCUAUUGCAAAAUUUGAGUGUGAAUCAACAACACGGGACAUUGAUACAGCCGAGAGAUUUAGAACAAAGUUCCAUAAUAGAAUGAACUCUUUAUACUACGAGACUCUAGCUGCGCGACCCCUGGAAACUUCCGAGAGGUUGUAUAAAAUUUACGGACUAAGUUAUACGGAACGAAUUCGUUACCAUAUCGAUUCUAUCACAAGAGCUGGACGGAAAACUGGAUGUUCAGUGUUCAAUGGAUUGUGUUUGGAAAGCAGAAAUUCUUCUGGUAAUAUCUACACAUGGAAAAGGCAACUCAGUAGGAGGAUUGUUAAUAUUAUCGAUAUAAAUUGUAAAGGUUUGUAUAAUAAAACGAACCAUUUCUAUAAGAGCAUGACACUUAAGAGAAACUAA